AUGGCUCUUUCUAGCAGUUUUCUCGGAACGCUUCGAUAUAUAGGACCAGUAGAUUUCACCGAUGGCCUUUGGUUGGGCGUGGAAUUACGUGGUCCACAUGGUCGACAUGACGGCGCAGUCGCCGGUCGUCGUUACUUUACCUGUUCCCCCAAUCACGGUGUCCUCGUGCGACCUUCACGGGUGACCUUCAGAGGAAUCAAUGCUGCUAAAUUAUUGCCACCUGGUCUGUUUGCUGCCUUCGAAAAGCGACCAUCUGUUUUCGAAGAACCUUCGGAUACACGAUCAGUCAUGACGCAUCCCUGA